AUGGUCUUAUUUGUCAAGAAAGAUAAGAGGGAUGAGUUUGAUGUUGAGGCAUUUAUAAGGAACUAUGGAUCGCUUACUCCAAAGCGGUAUACCUAUGCAAAUGUCAAGAAAAUGACAGACUCUUUCAGAGACAAACUAGGUAAAGGUGGAUAUGGAACUGUGUACAAAGGCAGGCUACCUGAUGGGCUUCUGGUGGCGGUCAAAGUCCUAAGUGAGUCCAAGGGUAAUGGAGAAGACUUUGUUAAUGAAGUUGCCAGCAUUGGUAGAACCUCCCAUGUCAACAUAGUCACUCUUUCUGGAUUCUGUUAUGAGGAGGACAAACGAGCUUUGAUGUAUGAAUACAUGCCUAAUGGAUCUCUGGAUAAUUUCAUACAUAAGUACAUAUCUGGAAUGGCAAAUUUUCUCUUAGAAUGGAAAACACUAUCUGAAAUUGCAGUUGGUAUUGCGCGAGGACUAGAAUACCUACACCGUGGAUGUAACACAAGUUGGAGAGGAGGUUUCUUGCUUGGCAGAUCAAUCGUUUGA